AUCAUCAUUCCUAUAGAAGUCCAGACCUCUUGCAGGUAGCCCUGCUACGAAAACGAUGGAAAAUUUUGUAUAAUUGCAACGUUCUUCGAGAAAUCCGUUAACCUGUCCCUGCCUGAUGAAACGCGACUGGGGUCGAGAGACAUCCCAGAUCCUAUCGCUUGUUGCAUGUCGUUAUGUCCUUCCGUAGCUCUAGCUCUUCACCGGACAUUCUUGGGCCACCUGGCGACGUCGAGUAUUUGGUUUCCUCCCCGUUCAAACCGUUCUCCGGGCGCCAAAGCGUCAUGUCGCCUGCAAAUUUCAAACUCCUUCAGACGCCGCGCUUCGCCAAAAGCAGAAGGCGCAUCAGCCUGAGUCCUACAAAAAGUUCGCAUUCUAUCCGCUUCGACGAUGUGGUGCUCCCCGGGUCUCCGUCAAGGACAAUGAACGGCCGGCAAAAGCCCCUUUCCCCUGAAAAGGUGCAGCCCGACGGGAACGUGAGUCCGUGGAGGAUUCGAGUGACAUUGGAGGCAACACAAGACGAGGAAAUGGACCAAGGCAGCCCUUCGCGCAAACGCCCCCGGAAUUCUACCAUGACAACCAAAGUGCCGCUGAAGGAUGAAGCAGACACCAUGGAGCAGACCCCCAAGAAACGCCGCGGGCGCCCGAGGAAGUCAGACAUGACGGUGCAAAGUACGACUCCGAAUGGGGGGAGCCCUGGUCAUACUCCUGGCCCAGGAGGCGCAAGUGCGCAAAAGAGGAAGCGAGGCAGACCUAGGAAAUAUCUUCCGGCGCAGGAUCCCGUAGACAACGUUGGCGCGCAGGUGGCAAACAGUCAGAUAGCUGAGCCAUCCGUUGUCGAGCCCGAGCCAAGUUGGGCUCCCCUGAACCUUGCUGCAGAUGAGGAAUCUGACGAUGACUUGCCGGAUGAUCAAGGCUAUGCGGAACCCUUCGAGGGUGACGUUCAGAUGGAGCAACUUGAUGAUAACCCGCAGGAUCAGAGUCCUCAAGUUGAAGAUGAACGUACCUAUGAUACGCCAAAUGUCGAUUAUGUGGAUGAUGCCUAUAUGCAGAACGACGAGAAUAUACAUUCAACACCAUCAAAAAUGCCUUCCCCUUCCCGGGAGAGCCAAAUUUUCUCUCCAGACAACACCAUAUACGCUGGUCGUACACCUAGGCCGCCUCGUCUCUACCCCACCCCAACAUCCUCAUCAUUAGUAGAUGAGGAAAGACAAGACCGAGAGGCGCAAAGCUCAGUUUCGCGUAACCGCUUCCGCGAAAGCGGAGUUUAUGCUACAAACGACCCUACUGAUGAACACAGAGAAUUUGAUUCUAUAAUGGAGAGUGAAGGGUUUAGCAUGGUUUCACUGGAUACAUUACCAUCGGCUAAACAACAUGGACUCAGCGCCAACUCUCAAGUGGCAAAGGGCGCCUUAAAGCCGUUUCUGGAGCGAGAAAAUAACGGUGUUUUGAGGCGGAAAUCCUCCAUCCGAAAUCAGGCCAAUGAAGAAGAUGCUGGCCUUAUAACACAAGUUGAACCAUCGACUUUGGCACAAGAGAAGGGUACUGUGGACUACAGGCCCGCUAGGACAUAUUCUCCACCUACUUCUCCAGCCCCUGUUCCGGUUCAAACCUCUACUGGACGGCGGCGACGACCGAUAGCUAGGUUCGUGAGGUUAGUCCGUGUGGGUAUUGCUCUCGAGAGCGCUCUAAGGCGUCCGUACGACAGGGGAUAUACCGAGGGUCUUCUGUCAAGUCCGGAGAUACGCGAGUCGCAAGACCAGAUAUCCAGCUUAGAGACUUCUAGGAAACGAUUAGAGCUGCUGUUCAGCGACUUCGACUCAGAAAUACAACGUGACUUACAGUCGGCCUUGAAAUUUGGCCAAGAGAUCGCGAAGCGACGAGUGCAGGCAGAGAUCGAGAACGCAAGGAAAGUCUCUGAGAUGGAAACUAUCGCAGAAACCACGCCAAAAGGCCUGAGUGAAGCAAGCGGGUCUCGGGAGCCAUCGCGGGAACCUGGUGGAUUACGCGACUACGAUACACCAGGCUCAGAGAUGAGGCGCCGGAUGGAAGAAUGGCAACGGGAAAGGGAAGCUAUUAGCCGCGAAAUUCAGAUGGCCAACUCAAGCCAAGUCAUUGUCAUUGACAGUGAUGUGAGUGGCCCCCCGAGCCCUGAGGGUGGCAUAGCUGCUCCUGAAGCUGAUGAAGAGCCUGAGUGGGGCUCUGGCAUCGACCGUGGAGACGCAGAUGCGCCAUCAGUACAUGGCAAACCUGAAGAUGAUCACUUUAGUGAGCAAGAGGAUGAAGACGAAGAUGAUGGGUACGAAGAUAUCUGGCAACAAGAAGCUAAUGAUAGAGGCGAUCUUUCGGACCGCUCGUCUGUUUCGUAUCGUCAUCAAAACCUAGACGACAACAAGCAGGAGUCUAGUCCUCAAUCAAAUAGCUCGAUAUCUGAACGAAGUGCUGUCGGUAAUUCUUAUUCUCCAGCCUACUGGACCAAUGCUCACGACAAGGUGCCAUUUCUGGGCAAGUCGCGAAUUAAAGAGCUACGAGAACAGGAUGUUGAUAUUUCCGCUUUGUUGCGCCCAGGGGCUACCCCCAAACGCUCGCAUUAUUACUACGGGCAGAGCAGCCCCCCAAGUACAGAAAACGGGCGAGAUGCCGAGCAGCCACAGUCAGCCGCAGGGUCCGAAAGCGAGGAGGCAAUGGAGGAUGAAUACGAGGAAGAAGAAAUGCAGGGAGCGAUGCAGGAUGAGGAGCAUCACCUAUUUGAAGAACCUCCGCAGUCAGAGGAUUAUCUGGCGUCAAGUCCCCAGAGAGGCCUAGGGGAAGAGACGUUCCAGUUGGAUCCAACUACGAAUUUUGAAAAUGCAAGACAACACUCGGAUUUGUGGCUACAAGGGCAUGGCGACCAGAACCCUUCAGAUGCAGUUUCGCCUGAACCACAAACCGCUCACGAGACACCUGUCCUCACCCCCGAACGUCCGCAGCCCUCCGCUACCGGACAACAAGCAUCAUCCUGGCUCCAAAAGAUUACUAAUCUUACGCCUCAGUGGCUGAGAGUACCAAAAAGAAAAUCAAUCGAGGAGCCUGCUCUAUCUGUAUAUGACGAAGCUUCGGAAGACGAAGAUGAUUACGGGUCUCACUCGAGAAACGUGGAAGAAAACUACAUGGAGGAAACGCCAAGGCCGCAUCGGGGCCAUGAACAACAGCGCUUUUCUAGCGCGUUAGACGACAAGUCGCCAAAUGUAAAAGCAAAAGACGAUACGUAUGAUCGCCCUUUGCCGUUGGCUGUCUCUGGAUAUUUCUCCGACGAUCACUACAUCCUCCUCCGUCGUCUUUAUCGCCUGGCCAAAAGACACCCGGAACGUUUCCUUUACUACCCUGGUCCAGGGCGUUCGGAAAUCAUUGGUGAUUGGAUAUGGACGUCAGACGGCUUACAUGGGGUUCCCAUCACGGAACGCCAGUUUGCGAUUAUUGACAGGUUCGUGCAGGAGUUGGCAAAGGCCGACCUACAGGCCGGUGGAACAGGCCAAGUUGGCUGGACAGAAGCCGACUUGCAUCGAAGACUGAUCAGCGUGAUUAUUGGCGAACAGAUUCGGGAAGAGAUGAAAGCACGACUGCACGCCGAGCAAUCAACAGCGGGGCAUUCGAGAAGAAGUCGUGCCCCUACCAGUUCGUGGUACUGACGACUGCCCAAAUCAGCGAAUAUAUUUCUUUUUCUUGGUUUCUUUUCCUGGAUUCAGCGUCCAGUUGGAUGACGAUUGGCUCUUGCUUUUGUGUAACGAAUGAAGCCUCGUUUCUUGGGUGUUGCUUGCAGAGAAUUUUCGGGACUACACGGGUUGGCGAGCGAAUGGGUGGA